GGAUGAGGUACGGCGAACGCAUACAUAAGGUGUCGGCAUUACUGGCAAGAAAAGGGUUGAGGGGGGUUCGGAAAAUUACGAAAGCGCACUGUGGUAAUUUACCGGUAACUGAAUUGAGUUGCAGUAUGGGCAAAAAGGGAAAAGGAAAAAAGAAAAAAAAGUAAGCCUAAUCCGAAAUAUAUCCCUCUGUCGCCCACAUAUCUCCAUCUAUCAUAUGAUACUCGUACCAUACACAAUAACCCUAAGUUCAGCGUCCUAAUACAGGCAAAGGCACUGAAUUCGUGCAAAAAAAAUAAAAAGAAAAGAAAAGAAAAAAUUCGCCCGGAAUUAGCGUCGGCGAACGUCCCCACGCAACAUCGGGUGCGGGUACAAGUACCGCGUGGUAGUCUGCCAUCAUACGAUGAGAUAGGAUCCUUCGGAAUGGGUUCCCGUCCGCUAUGGCCCUCCCAAGACCUCAUGAUCUCUUCCCGGGUUAUGGCGAAAGUAAAGGAAACCACCGCGAGAUCGCUUGUCGACAUAAAUCCCGUAGACGUUCAUCUCUCUGAGGCUGUGGAAGUACCAUAUCCGGCCUACGGCCCGAGCAGAGAGAGGUACUGUACUGUACUGUACUAUGCUGUAGAGUGUUUGUGAUAUGUGUUACAGGUAAGCAUACUCCAUAUGACCGGGCCCGCAAAUAAUAUAUCUAGCCCCUAACUUAACCCGGGCUGUCGGAACGAUUUAAAAAAAAUCCCAGACCACAAUACUUUCACCUCAAGCGCGGCUUCCAGGAAUCUACCACCUCAUCAGCGGAUCCUACACCUGUCUCCCCAACUUCUAAUAUGAUACAAUUCGAAUUCCACACAAAUCAGGGAGCAGAGUAUGAUCAUUGCCCCAAGUACUCCCAAUCCACAACCCAACAGGGCUAAGGUUAGGGUUGUAAUUCACCCCAACCAAAAAGCCACAACCACUCUAUGUUACUAGUACAAAUCCUUCCUAUGGCAGUCCUUGGCGGCUUAUGGUAAUUGUGAUAUGAUACAACCCCGGCACAAUAGUAGCUCGGAGAAAGAGUAACCCUAUCCCGGCCUUUGCCAGCCCCGAGCUCCAAUACUCUAUGCCCAUCAUAAGGGUCACCGCUAUGUGGAUGUGGAUAAAGACGCGGAGUGGAGCAAAUCUUAGCCCAAAAUGAUCCAGCUUCCAGAUAUCUAUCGACCCCGGUAUAGCGCGGUGAGCCGGUAGAACAUCCACCUAACUUAGCUCCUUAUCCUCCACGAUUCCAUCUACCCACCCCAUUUCUAUUCAUCCCCCUCCGUCUCUCUCUAGGAAAGGAGGUAAUACUGAACAUCAUGAAGUCCAUAGGUGUUCGUCAGAUUCCCGGGAACCCAGGCCAAGUUUUUUUCUACCCAUCUGCCUUCUUCUUCCGGUGGUUUGGCUGUGAUUCGAAGUUGACUUAGCGAUGGUUUAGAAUACAUCACAUUACUACUGCCAGCCCCGGAGAGUGAUGAGCUAGUUGUCAAGAUACUUGCAGCGGGCUUGAGCCAUGGUGACCACACCAUCCGCGAGCAUUUGUACCCGGAAUAGGCUUCCCGGUACCGCUUCUAACCGACGCUAUUGGCGUGUUUCGGCCAGAAAGCCGAAUUCUCAGUGGGUUGAGAAACGCGUUUUUUUGAUUGUAGGGCCAGGAUGGGACUCUUCCCCCGAAGGUCUAGAAACCUCUCCCUGCGCGAUCCUAGGCCGCACCAAACAUACUCUUCAAGGAACACCCGGCAAGGUGUUAAGGCAGGUGGUAAUGUACUCAUCACUGUGAUUGGGGGUGGAGUUGCGUUGGUUGCAUUGGGUUCCUCUGUAGCGGUCGGUGCCAAUGUCCGGGCUACUAGUGGAAACCCGGAGAAAUUGGAGGCGGCAAAGAUGUUGGGCGCGAGGGGGGAGUAAGCUACAGGAAAGUGAGAUGUGAGAAGGAAUUGGAGACAAUGCUACCUUUGCCAGUAGAGAGGUCAUAGUUGGACGUUGUACUUGACGGAGCGAGGGACGAUAUCUGUGGUAGGUUAGGACUUGGUCAAUUGCAGUGCACAAGAGGCCAACGAGACCAGCGAGAACCGUCCCAACACUAAGAGUGAGUGGGAAAAUUGUCCUGAACGACACUCGCGCCCAAGACUCCAUUUGCCAUGCCAGCAAUAUUUAAAGACGUCGAGGCUCGCCGCUUUCCACUUCUUCCAGGGCUCUCAAGUCCUCAAACACCAACCAGUUAGAUCCGCCGUACAACCCUCGGAUUGCGGAAAGAAUCCGGGGAAAUGGUGGAAUUUGUUCGCGAACACAGACUUGGUGUUGUAAUAUCCAAGGUAAUUGAAGAGCUGACAUUUGAGGUGCGUGAGGAAACCCCCGAAAUAGUGAAGGGGGGCAAACAACUCUGCAAACUGGCCGUCAGUAAUGCGGAUGAGGAGGAGGGGAUGAUUCCCUCAAAGCCUUUGGAGAGAAAUUGACGUUUGGUCGGAGCUCUGUAUCCAGACGAGUGAUUUUAUCCAAGAGAUUCCUUCACCUUCUUUCAUGUGAUAGGAAACGAUUGGCGGGGUCCCGUUUCUACCUGCGCGGGUGCAGGUUGCAACAUCACCAUCACCGAUACGGCACUCUGGGAAAAUUUCGAGGGGCGAUGCAGGAACAACAAACACCCUUCGAAGAUUCCUAUCUCGAUGCUCCGCGCACCGGCACCCACCUCACGGGUAAAUUCCAAGCCAAUGGCUGAUACCACGUUAGAAUUUCAAGCCAAGCUCGGUUGGCGGAAAAAGAUAGAUUGUAAAUCUAUCAGGAUGCACCCUUCUCGCAAGAUUUCCGGGUCCGAAAGAUAACCGCUAGUGAUGCCUGGAAUCGAUCUAGUCUGAAUUUUGCUGCCGCAGAGAGGGGGGCAGGAAAAUUCGGAAGAAAAGCAGCUGAUAAAAAGGUGCCGUUAAUGCCCCUUCUAUUCCACCUUCUCUUGCUCUCUUCUACGUUGUUGUAGUAGAGCUUGCGUUUCAGGUGCAAGUAUUAGGAAAAACAUUAAUCCGUAGAGUACACGUGCUCACGUGUUUCACUCCAAAGUCCACCUUGUCGCAACUCUUCAGUACCGCACACCCUUUUGGUCUCUUUUCUUCUCUCUUCCCUUUCCCCUUCCCUGAGCUCCGCCACACCUCUCACCCCCGCCCGCCCAGUUAGCAUCACAACGCCUACGAGCUCCUGUGAGUAUCAUACCGGCACGUAACCCCCCUCGACCCCCUCCUAACUCCGCCCUUCCCUUCUCUUCCCCGUGCCCCUCACCCUGUUCCCUACCUGUCCGCUCAAUUCACAACCACCCCCGCUCAAUAGCAGGGAGGGAAGGUAUCCCCCCGUUAGGGCCCUUCUGCCCAAUUCAAAGGUAUCUAACAUCCUUGGUAUCAUAGUAUUGCGAACGCCCCCUGCGUCCAUUGCUUUUCACUCAUCGCUUUUCCCCAUACAGCCCGCAAAACAAAAAAUUGGAACAAUGGCCGACCAGGUUAAUCAUGAGGAAGUCCAUAGUCUUCUUGUUGAGGUUGCCCUAGCGGCUGGCGACAUGAUUGUUGCUGCUCGGCCCCACAUUGCCGCUGUGGGAACCAAGCAAAAUUGCUCGUUCUCUCCCUCCCCCCACCCUGCUUUCUUUGUUUGCUAACUUUUAUGGAUAGCUGCGGAUCUUGUGACUGAGACCGAUAAGGCGGUCGAGCAAUAUGUUAUCGCCAUCCUCAAGGAAAAAUAUCCGGGGUUUGAGUACGUCCACAAUUGCCAUUCAAGCGCAUUGAGGGCUGACCCGAUGAUAUCACAGUUUUCUCGGAGAGGAGACAUACACUACCGGGAAGAAGCUUACCGACAAACCCACUUUCAUCUGUGACCCUAUCGAUGGGACUGUCAACUUUGUAGGUUGUCUGUUCUCCUUCGACCCCUAGUCCCAUGCGGUUAACGAACCUAGGUCCAUACAUUCCCCAAUCUUUGUAUCUCGCUUGCCCUAGCUAUUCACAAAAAACCGGUCGUUGGCGUUGUUUACAACCCUUACACCACUCAUCUCUAUAGCGCGAUUAGGGGUCAGGGAUCCUUCUUGACCAUGCCCGUUCGCUCUAAAUCUACUGCCCCAAUCGAAACUUGCAGGUUUAGGCUUCCACACAAUCCUAACCCCCCCCCACUCGAGGGCCUUGACAAGUCUCUCGUUGCGGUGGAAUGGGGCAGUCACAGAAGUGGCCGCAACUGGGAUGUCAAGUACGAAACCUUCGCAAAGCUUGCUGGUAGUAGAGAGCAAGGUGGAAAGAUGGUUCACUCCCUACGCAGUAUGGGGAGCGCAGCACUGAACUUCUGCGCUGUUGCUGCCGGACAGAUCGAUGUCUACUGGGUUUGUUCAACCCUUACCCAAUUUUGGAGGCAAGACUAACUGAUUCCUAGGAAGGUGGAUGCUGGGCCUGGGAUGUUGCCGCCGGAUGGCUGAUUCUUACGGAGGCUGGUGGAAUCGUUGCGGAUGCUAAUCCGGGAAACUGGUCCCCUACGGUGGAUGGAAGAAGAUAUAUGGCCGUUAGAGCCGCCCCAGCCGGGCAGAGGGAAAUCGUGGAAGAAUUCUGGAGUGUCAUUCCGCAGGGUGGAUAUGAUUACUCUGCCUGAUUUUCUGUUAUUUCUCUUUAUUCUCGCUUUUCGUAUGUAACCACUCGAUUGUGGCGUACGGUUCUUGAUUGGCCCCAAUCCCACUGGCAUGAUUGGCAUAUUAGAAAUGGUAAUCCUGGAACUUAAUACAUGCAUUUGUACUCAU